UUCCACACAGUAGGGAUUCUAUGAUCUAUGAUCAAAUAUGCAGUAAAUUUUAUAGUCUUGUAAUCCCUUUGUCACUGUCCUGCAAAGGAAAGGAAGGUAGCUAUUUAGGUACUAACCGAACGAAGAUUGAGAAGCUAAGAUCAGCUAAGAUUGAGAACUUAACAUGUGGGAAAUUAUGACCAUAUGUCUGUAAUCUACCAUUUGGCAAAGUAUGUUUUUACUCUAAUAUUUUUAAAAGGACAGUAUUUGUAAGGAGUUAUUUGAAAGCAUUCCAGUUAUCCACUUUUUAGGUUUUUAGAUUACAGGAAUGUCUUUUUGAGUGCUGUAUGAUUUAACAAAUCUUAUUUAAUAAUUUACCUUUUUAGUGUGAAGUUCCCGAGGGUGGUUUAAUUCCCAAAUCGAUGUAUAGAACAGCAGAAGAACUUGACAAUGAUGAUAUCAGACUAUUGACUGAAACUAUUUAUCAGUCAGCAAGUGUUUUCAAAGGAUCACCUCAUGAGCUAUUAAUUGAAAUAGUGGAAGCAUCUUCUGUGAUAACCUGGGAUUUUGAUGUGGUGAAAGGAGAUAUUGCCUUCAACAUCUACCAUUCAAAACGAGCGCCCCAGCUUCCAAAAAAGGAUACCCUUGGAGCACAUGGGAUAACAGGCCCUGGAGGAAAUAAUGUGCAGCUUAUAGAUAAAUCGUGGCAACUGGGCAAGGACUAUAGUAUGGUGGAGCCACCACUCAUCUGUAAAGAAGGCGAAAGUGUCCAGGGUUCACAUGUAACAAGAUGGCCUGGCUUUUAUAUCCUACAGUGGAAAUUUCACAAUAUGCCUUCCUGUGCUACAACUAACCUGCCUCGUGUAGAUGAUGUGCUGGCAACAUUGCAGGUCCCUUCCCAUAAGUGUAAAGUUAUGUAUUACACUGAGGUCAUAGGAUCAGAUGAUUUCAGGGGAUCCAUGACUAGUCUUGAAUCUAGUCACAGUGGAUUUUCACAACUCAGUGCUGCCACAACAUCAUCUAGCCAAUCACACUCCAGUUCUAUGAUCUCCAGGUAGUGAUUCAGAAUGCCUGCAAUUAAAAAAAAAGUGCAAAACAGGACUAUUCUUUUUGGUGGCAGCUGAUUGGAAUGAUGGUGCAGCAACAAAAAUGAGUAUUUGACUUUAAUAAUGCAAGCAGUACAAUCAGUUCAAUUUCUUUGUAUCCUUCGAUUUCUCCUUACUUUAUAUAUUUGAGUGCAUCAGUUGUUUGCAAUCAAGAUUUUUAAAAUGUACUAUUUCAUGUUUUAGUCAGAUGUCAUGAAGGUGUGAAUGUUUACAGAACUGCAUUUUCUAACAGACUGUAAUAUGUUUUAAAGAUAGUACUGAACUUUAAUUCUUACCUAUUUUGGAAAUGUCACCAUCUUUCCUGAUUUCUUGAGAUUGUUGUUACAACGCAUUGAAAAAAGCACAAGGUCAAAGAAGCAAAUAUUCUGAAUUUGACACUUAAAAGCAAGUUGUAUAAUUUAAAAAAAUGUAAUUACAAGCACAUGCGAGAGAUAAAAAGUGUGUCUUUUGCACUUAAACUGGAUAAAUUGCUCAGAAGCAUGAGGUGCCACACUUUGAAACCAUUGUUGCAACCUACUUGAACCUACUAGUUAUAGCCAAACAUUUCAACUUUGUUAAAGAGUUGCUGUUUAACUGUAUAAGACAUCUGUAAUUUAAUUAUCUGCAUUAAUGCCCUGAAGCCAAUAAUGUUCCCAUCACAUGAAAUCAUUGUGUUAACAUUCCUGUUGUGUCUACCAGUACUUUAUACAUUGCAUAUCAAUCUUUGUUUAUGGAGCAAUACAUGUUACCACUGGAUUGGUAAUAAAUCAUUCAAAUAUCCUUUGAGCAGCCUCUUUUUAAAUAAUAAACUUCUAAACUGAAA